AUGCGGCUGCGGCGCCGGGCGGCGGAGGCGGCGUGCCCGCGCCAGGAGCCCAAGCCGCGCGUCUUCUUCGGCACGCCCGCCAAGCUCAAGCAGUUCCCCAACGCGGCGCUGGCCGUCGUGCUGUUCAGAGCCUGCACCGCCACCAUCGUGCACACCCGCUUCCUGCUGCUCAGCUCCUGGUGCACGGCCGGCCGCUUCCAGGAUGGCGUGGUGAUGGCGGGCAACGUGCAGUUCCACGACUUCCGCGACAUCAUCUACCCCGUGGUGCAGGUGCGGCUGAUCCAGCGCUGGUGGAUGUACCCCUGGGACCACGCGCAGUGGAACGACAUCGCCGUCGCCCAGGUCUACGUGCCCUUUGUGUUCAACAGCUACGUCGAGAUGGAGCCUCUGACCGACUGGUCCACCUUCGGGAACACGUCAACGCUGUGCCAGAUCGCAGGCUUCGGUGAGCAGUUCUCCUGGGACGUGCGGCACACGCUGCACUACGCCGCCCUCGAGAUGACCGACAGCGCCGAAUGCAAGAUCGGCGCCGGAGCUUUCAACGCACCCGUCGGCGAGAACGUCUUUUGCACGAAAGACACCGAGGAGAACACCAAGUGUGACGGCGACGCCGGCGGGCCCGUCUUGUGCUACGGGUGA